CAAUAAAAUCCAGAUCUUUUUAAUUUAACGAAAACCCUAGACCAAUUGGAUUGCUUUAUUUGGUCGGAGAUAGAAACGAUAACAUUUAAGGGUUCAAGCAAAGCUUGUUUUCAUGGCAGACAGAUGGGUAAUGGCAGUGGAGAUCGGUGACUAAAAAAAGCGAAGCACUCCAUGUGUAGAGAAUAAAUAAAACUGGAUGCCUCAGUUAUACUCCUCCGCUGGGGCAACUGGCUUUUCCUUUAAUGGCCGGUGGCCGGACGAGGGAUUCCACUGAAUUCGGUGCUUUUAAAUGAUUUUGGGAAGCGAGCCUGCCUCGAGCUUCCCAAUUUUUAACUAUGUGAUGCCUUUGCCAUCUAUUUUCCUGCACAACUUUAUUUACCUUGUGCUUAAGGAGUGGAUGAAUUUUUAGCAGAGUGUUAGUCUUUUUAGCUUAGGAAUGUCUCCUGAACAGAGCGAGUCUUCUUCUUCUUUUUCAAGGAGCUUAAGAACACGGUCACAAGCUGAUAGCAUAUGGCCCCAGCCGUUUGUGGAGGCGCUGGCGCGGGAAGUGGCCCUGGCGGCUGUCAAUGGCGGUGGAUCGCUGGCUGCGGUAACUGCCGUUGUGUCUGUGUUUCAGGUGUGCUCCACCUGGCGGACCAUUUCCCAUUCAGAAAUUCUGUGGGAGGCGCUCACACGACAUGUGUGGGACAGAACACAAGCAAGAACACAAUCAUGGCGUGAUGAAUACAUUCGCCUUCACUUGACGGCCUCUAAUUUCCGUCACAACAGGGCCACAUACACUUCGAUUGAAUACGAAGUUUCCAGCGAUUCAGACAGCAACGGCGCCGGAGCGGCAUGCAGGUGCUUGGCGCUGUCGCCGGAAUAUUUAGCCGUCGAUUUCUUUGACGGCGCCCUCCGCGUAUUCAGUCUGGAAGGCAAAGAAUGCGUCUGUACAAUGAAGCCGAACCACGAGAAUCGCCUGGGGCCAUUGUCUAGAGCCGUGGCGGGAAUUGUUAUGUACGGCAACACGGUUGUCUUUGCGUCGUUUGACGGGAAUGUUUUUGUGGGGAAUGUUUUAACUGGGCAUUUCCGGUGCGCCAGUCUGGGCAACGUGGUGAAUGACGGCACACUGGUGGACUUCACCGGCUGUGGGAGGUUUUGGGUAGGCUUGUGCGCCGGAAGCCCCGGUCACGCGUACCAUAUUUGGGACGCCGCGACGGAGCAAUUGGUGCUUAAUGACGGAGAUAUUACCGACUUAGAGGCCCUGAGAGGUUGGCGUUUGUUGACGGAGCAAGGUGGGCGCAUCGGCCGAGUGGGGAUUAAUAGUAACGGGAUUCUUCUGACGGCGACGAAGAUGAAGCUUGCGGCAUUCGACCUCGAGACCUACGGGGUGAGUUUCAGCAGAGAGCAAACUGCCGUCGUCGGGCAAGAACUUAUUGUUGAAAGUGUGGAGGCAAACAAUGACCGGUUCUUGACGGCGUCAAAUAACGGCGCCGCGAGAAUACGUCGAAUUACGGACUUUGAAGACGUUUGCAGCUUUUCCUUCGACACGGCAGCAGGAGAUAAUAACGGUAACAAUCAUGGUGAGAGGAAGGUUCUCGGGACUUUGAACGCGUGGCAGGCAUUUCUUUGUAUUGAUGGAGUGGUGCACGCGUGGGAUGCUCACAGCGGCUUGCGUCUGCACCGCCUCAAUGAGCACAUGGGCCAAGUGUUUGAUCUUGUGGCUGACGAUGGCCACGUGGCGGGCUGUGCGAUUGACUCAGGAGUCCAUCUAUGGAGUUUCAGACCUUAACAUUUGUGCUGUUUGACUAAACAAACAGGAGACAACUACGUAUUGGAUUACGCUAACCAUGAGAAGAACUCCAGGAAGUUUUAAAGAAAAGUCUAAAUUCGUAGAACGAUUGAUUAACAAAUCCAUCCUAGGUUGAACUCAAGGGCUCACUUGAUGAUGAAUGGAAACUAUUUGUAUCAGCAGUAUAAACAACAUGAAAAUAAUUCUCCUGAAAUUCUGGGCUUGGACUGCGGAGAUACUCCUCCACACAGGUACUAUAUAUUUUAAUUUGUGGAGUUAAUGUCCACCUAAAGCAUGCUUGACGGCAUGAAUGCUUCUCCAUGGAAUUUUUUAAUUUUUUUUAAUUCGGGGAGUAAAUCAUUACUAACCGCAAUUAUUAUUCACCCGAUAAUGCAAUUAAUUUUGUACUUAACCAUUAUAUGCUCGUGAAUAUA